GGUUUCUAGAUACGCUAUUUUAACCGGCAAACAACAAAUAUCUCUCUCUCUCUCUCUCUCUCUCUCUCUCUGUGGCUAACUGGCUUGUGAAAUGAGGUCUGUCUGGUACACAAUAAGAAACCCGAUACCUACGAACGGAGUGAAAAGGAAGGAGUUUCCUUAAGAAGAAGGAGGGGGCGAUAGAGAGGGAAACCAUUUAUUGUGCUACAACAGAUUCACAGCACAAGAAAAGGAAUCCUACGUUAGUCUAAGAGAGGGAGAGAUCAGAGAGGAAAGGGUUGGGUUUUGGGGUAAUAGACUGAUGGUCAUACUUCUAUUUUAAGAAUUAGAAUAACUGAUCAGGAGGGUUUUUUGACCUUUCCGAGCGAGAGAAAAAAAAGGAAAAGAUAAAAAUAUGGGAAGAGGGAGGGUGGAGCUGAAGAGGAUCGAGAACAAGAUAAACCGGCAAGUGACGUUCGCGAAGCGGAAGAACGGGCUGCUCAAGAAGGCGUACGAGCUCUCGGUGCUCUGCGACGCCGAGGUCGCGCUCAUCAUCUUCUCCAGCCGCGGCAAGCUCCAUGAAUUCUGUAGCGGCCCAAGCAUGGCUGAGACCAUCGAGAAGUACCAAAGAUGCAGUUAUGAUGUUCUGGAAAUGGAAGCGAGCCAAGAUCCGAAAAAGAUUCAGCACUGUUACCAAAAAUACGUUGAAUUGAAGAUGAAAGUUGAAUCGCUGCAACAUGCACAAAGGAAUCUUCUAGGGGAGGACCUAGUGGAAUUAAACAUGAAGGAUCUGGACCAGCUGGAGGAUAAGUUGGACAAGUCCCUAAGGCAAAUCAGGUCUUCCAAGACUAAGUUCAUGCUCGGCCAAGUGGAUGAACUUCGCAAAAAGGAGGACAUGCUACUUGAGGCCAACAAUGCCCUCAAAAGAAAGAUAGAGGAGAUUGAUGCUGAGCUUCAAUUGUCGUGGAAUGCAAAUGCAGGAGACCGAAACGUGAUUUACAACAAUCAAGCUGCGCAGUUGCAGUAUAACUUUGAACCCCUCAACUAUAAUGAUGCAUCGCAGCUCGGUUUCAAUCCUAUGUUUACCGAGCAGCGGAACAACCUGGCAAGCUCAGCUCAAACUGGCACUACUCGGUACAUCCCCGGAUGGAUGCUUUGAUUUCAAUGUAAUUGCUUCUAAAUUCACGACCAACCACGGUGUGUGUUCACAAAAUAUAAGUAUUGGACGUCCUGGAGGAGAUUAAUAAGUCUGGUAUUGUAGAUGGCCUCUAAUGGCCAUUCAAACAAGGAGCAAUUUACAAAAUGAAUGGCCUAAUGUAUAUUUUGUCGUUCUUGGAAUAUAAUUACUAUGUAAUAGUCCCGCUGUGACUGAUGAGAAAUGAGUUGGGGUUGCCAAUAAGAGCUUAGGAGGACUUAUUUUGUGAUUGCUGUGUUUGGAAUUUCGAAUGGUCUGUAAAGUGAAGGCAUAAUUGAUGUCCUGGAACAAGCAUAACUCAUCCAUUUUACCAUUUCUUAGCCUGUUUUUCCA